CAAAAACGUAGGUAGGUAGGUAAUUAGGUAGUUUUUCGUUGGCUAGGUUUGUUAUGUUAAAAGUGCUCAUUUAUUGGAAACAAUUAAUUUAGACUCUUAUUAUUCCUAUGCUUGAAAUAUCUUUAAAUGCAUUAUUUUUGAAAAUAGAUAAUCCAUUAUUUUUGUUAUCUCUCUGGUUCUAAACUCUGUUUAUAUAUAUUUAAAUUGUAGCUAAGAAAGAAUGGAUUCCAGAGCAGCUAAACUAGCGUUAGCUCGUAAGAAGUUAAAAGAUCAUCAAGGUAAAAAAGUUAUCUUCCCUCCAAAGGAUGAAGAAAUUAUUGUAACAUCUGAAGAAGUCCAACAGGAAGAGGCAGUGUUAACUCAAAAUAAUAACUCAGAUAUUGGUGAUAAUUCUCAACAAAUCACAAAUGAGUUUAAAAAUCAAGAGGAACUAAAAACUGAAAACAAACCUAUGAAUGUAACAGAAAUCCUUAUUUCAAAUAAAAUAAAUUUAGAAAUACAACUUUCUGAAUUACAAACGAAACUUAUAGAACUUGAAAAUAACCAUAUACAAACAACACAAAAUUUUAAUAUUUCAAGAAAACAAAUUUUUGAUUUGGAAAGAGAGCUUAAAAAUCUUCAUGAUAAUUAUAUGAAUGCUCAAAGAGACUUGCAAGAGAAAAAUAAUUUUAUUAAGGAAUUAAAUGACAUCAAAAUUUCUAAUUUGGAUCAAAUUAAUCACCUGACAGAACAACUGGAACUUACUAAAACCAUGUUAACUGCUAAAGAAACUGAGAAUGCAUCUCUUCAAAGUCAACUAUGUCAAGUUGAGAAUCAAUUGGAUGGAGUGAAAUUGCAAUUACGUCAAUUAACUAAUGGGUCAUCAAUAAAAAUAUACCAAAAUGAUAAUGAAAGUCAAGAGGCAAAUGAAAUGUUACUUCAAAAAAUCACAUUAUUGGAACAACAGCUAAAGACUUCACAUAAAGAGAGGGAUCAAAUCAGUGUUCACUAUGAACAUUAUGUGGCAGAAUUAAAUGAACAAUUAAAAUUAGUUAUGAAAAAGAAUGAUGAAAUGGCCAAGGAAAUACAGAGUUUAUCUACUAGGGAAUCCACUCUAAUUGAACAGAUUAGUGACAUGGAGAUAAGACUACAAAAUUUCAGUCAAAUGAAAAGGACUGUUGAGAUGAACACCAAUAAUUCAGUAAAUGUUACUGAACUUCAACAAAACUAUGUUGAGGCUCAGGAAAAAAUUAAACAACUUAUUUUUCAAUAUGAAGAUAUUAAACAAAAGUAUAUUGAUAGUGAAGCUAAGAUUAGAGAACUAUCCGAAGCUAAGGAGUCGAAGCGCUCGCAGGAUGAUAUCAGUUUUACGAAACUACAUGCAGACAUGACUAGCGAUAAGAUCGCAGCGCAACGGGCAACAGAGCAAAAUAUGAAGCUUAAAAGUGAUAUGCAAGAGCUGGAAGAAGCGUUUAUCAAAAUGAGCAAAGAUAAAUUAGAGUUAACAGAAAAAAUUGCAGCUGAAAAAUUCUUGAAUAGAGAAUUGACAAUUAAGUUGGCAGAAGUAGAAGAAAGAGCCAAAGAUAUGCAUAUUAAGAUUAAGGCUAAAGAUGACGAAAUGAUACGUUUGCAGAAUAAUCUACGCUAUGCAGAAAAAGAAUUAAAAGGAAUUACAAAUAAUUUACAUGAAGUAGAAAAGGAAGAUGUUGAACAUCCUGAACAUGUAAUACUUGAAACCCAACAUUCUGAAAUUACAAGGAAUACUCAUGACAAUGAAUAUUGCAGACCUUGUAAGGAAGAUAAUGUAAUAAACGAGACUGAUAACGAAAAUGAUUCGUUAAUUAUAAAAAACGAAGAUGCAAUGACUAAAUUACAAGAAAGAUUUUUGAAAAUAAUGGGUGAAGUAGCUGAUUUGUCUGAUGAGAAGCAUAGAUUAGAACAUAUAAUUCUUCAACUUCAAAAUGAAACUGAUACCAUAUGUGAAUACGUCGCCCUAUAUCAGCAACAACGUAGUUUGUUAAAAAAACGAGAUGAAGAGAGAAACACUCAAAUUAAAAUAUUUCAAGACGCAUGCAAUAAGCUUCAUUGUCAAAUCAAAGAGUUGAGCAAUUUGUUAAUAAGAUUUUCUGAAGAUAAAGAAUUAUCACAAUAUUUCCUUAACGACUCCAGAAAAAAUGAUCUUGAAAGAGUAAUGAAUUUGAUAUCACAUCUGAAGAGCAAUUGUUUAAUAGAUCCCAAGCACGCAAAUUCUGAUUUAAAGAAUUUUUAUCCCUGCAGUUGUUGUUCUGGAAAACUUAUAGAAGUUUAACAUUAUAAUUAUAAUGUAUAUUAAUUACAUUAUAAUAAUAACAAUUUGCAAUGAAACCUGUUUUACUGUGAUCUCAAGGAACCUAUGAUUAUAUUAUCACAUACAGAGAGAGACGUUUUGAUUUAAUAAAAGGGAAAAUAAAAACAACAGGCGGCCGGUUCCGGCUUUGCUCGGGUAAAAACGCAAUAAAUUAUACACCUAAACAUUCCUCAGGAAUCAGACUAUCUAUUGGUAAAAACGGAAUGAAAAUCCGUGCAGUAGUUUUAAUAGACAGACAGACGCUGCAUAGGACUUUGUUUUAUAAUAAGGAUAAAUGCAUAUAUUUUGUUAUAUAAAGAAAACAAAAAAUUGCAAACAAAAAUAUUACCAAAAUUUCAUUUCUAGACCGUUGCCUGCGUCAAAUAUUUUUUAGCAUUUUUUGGCCAGACAAGAUUUCUAACAAUCAACUGUGGGAAAGAGGCCGGGAAAUGCCAAUAGAGAUAAAUCGGGCGCCUCAAGUGGACAUGGAUUGGCCAUACUCUACGAAGGGACACUUUACGUAUCCCGAGACAAGCCUUGGAUGAACCCCCAAGGCAAGCAAGUUAGCCGUCCAAAGCAGACCUGGCGCACAAUUGCAGCGGAGCUCAAGAAGUUCGUUCGCUGGUCUGAAGCGGUUAGCCUAGGACCAACUGAGAUGGCGGCGAAGCACUGUGGACAAUACCAUUGAUACACACACUUAAAUCAGAUAUCACAGCUUGAACUUAAAAUAUAUAUCCCUAUUCGCGUUAGAAUUUCGCUUUGGCUGAUUUCAACUUUGUCGUUCGUUCUAGAAUAAGACCUCUCAUCUUCCUUUGUACUUGUUUAAUUGAACACAUUUUUUCUGUAAUUUUUAUGUGUACACAAAACCUAUGAAUAAAUAGAACGAUCAUCACUAAGGCGACUAAGCGACAGAUUGUCUUGGUAGCUAAUAGAUACAGUAAUAGCAAAUACCGGGCGGCCGGUAGUUGUCUGACAUAUUGGGAACAUGAACACAACCCUUGAGAACUAGAACACAUAGGCAUAAAUCACAACCGAAUCUUCAAAGGAGAACGUUAAGAAAAUCCCAGCGCCAAUAGAAAAAGGACAUACCUACCUACUACGUAGAAUACAGGCACAAUUCUUUUAUGCCGGGCACAUUCAUAGUUGAUCAGGCACCAAUUUAUACGUUCCACUCAUAUUUUUCUAGGAGCUACUCUCAAGCUGGAGGAGUUUAUACACUGUAAUACAUUUUAUUUAAGUUACUUAUCCCACUUCCUAGGUACUAAUAUUAUAAUUGCGAAAGUUUGUGAGAAUGUGUGAAUGUAUGUAUGUAUUUUUAUUUGUUUCUCUUUCACGCAAAAUCUACUAAACCGAUUGUUAUAUUGUUGGUACACGGGUAGAAUAUAACCUGAAAUAACACAUAAGGUACUUUUUAUCCCGAAAUUCCCACGGGAGCGAAGCCCUUUAUAUAUAAGUAUACAUCUGCUUUUUCUAAAGUACGUUACCUUUUAAAAGCUUUAGAAGUUCUUUUUCAAAAACAGUAAAUGUGCAAUAUAUAUCAAAGGCAAAGAAAACUAAGACACGUUAGGCUAGCAUAGUCAAAUGAGAUAAAACAUUUCCAUUACUACCUACUUCCCGUGGCCCAUUGUAAAGAAAGUUAUAGUAUCGUAAAGUCGUUAUAAAACCGGGGACACGAUGAAGGACGAAAAAUAUGUUUAACUAUCUUUCCUUUUUAUUUUUGAUGUACUUUUAGGUAUAUUGAAUACGCUGUAUACCGGGUUACUGAUAUCAAACGCCUAAAGACUACUUGGGUACAUCAAAACAAGCAACUUUUAUUCUACGACUUUUCGUGAUUCGUAGUUUUUUUUUAAUAUAAAAAAAAUACAAUCUAAUUUGCGAUUCUACACAUCUUAACUCUAUGUAGGUACCUAAUAGCCAAGUAGCCAAGCAACACGCACGAGACAGUACAGUAGCGUUAUGUACCGGAAUCGAACAUAGAGUUAAUGUUUUAUAGAAAGGACGUUAAAAGUAAAAAAGGGAAACUUUAUGUAUUUAUUACGUUUAGACAAAAGUCGUAGAAAAAAGAUGUUAAGUCUCUAUGUACCUAUGGGCCUUUGGAAGGUUAUGCGUUAGAUACCAGCCCUGUAUAAGUCUGUGGAAUACGGAUUUAUCUGUCUUGUAUAAAACGAACGAAAGAUAAUGACAAAGUCUUUAUAGUUUUCUCAGUCUUUAUAUUUACAGAAAUUAAUUAAAAAAGAUUUUCAGACAGUUUUUCUUUGUGAUAUCUUGACAUCCAGUGUAAUGAGUCUCCAUCACAUAUAUUAACACUAUAUUAUUAGACAUAUAUUAACACCCAUGCGUCAGUUCCUAUAAGUCGACGCCUGAUUUCGGCAUGUACGUCUGACGAACGCCAUAUUAAGGUAUAAUUAUUUGUUUGUUUUUAAAAUGGUGGCUUAGUCUUCUUAAAAAAUACAGUGCCAGUUACAUUUUGUUUUGUUAUUGUCGGAAAAUAUAUUGUUUGUGUUAUUAUACAUAUAGUACAUAUAGGUAUGUAUCACAUUUUAGUUAUAAUUUCUAUUAUAUUGCAGUUAUGUAAAUAAAUAAAUAUCAAUAAAUUAUAAAACAAAA